UAUGCCUGGUAAUAAACAGUAAUAUUUAAUUUGUCGAAGACCACAAACCAACUUCGAGCUGGGAGGUACAUACUACCCUUGACAGACACUGAAAGAAGGCUUGGCUUAAAACGGGUCUCUUUUGGGGUCCUUUCCAAACUCUUCACCUGGACCCCGCCUCCCCCGUGAGCCUCCACUCCUGGUUUCUGCGCUGAAAAGAAGAGGUGGGAUUUUUGGAGAGCAGGACCCCGCGCGGGCACUGGGCGCCGGGCACACCAUGGCCGACGCAGAGGAGGGCUUUGGCCUGGGGCACACACCCCUGGAGCCAGACUCAAAGGACCUACCCUGCGACUCAAAAGUGGAGAACGCGCUAGGGGCCCCCAGCAAGUCCCCGUCCUCUCCGCAGGCUGCCUUCACCCAGCAGGGGAUGGAAGGGAUCAAGGUGUUUCUACAUGAAAGAGAACUGUGGCUGAAAUUUCAUGAAGUGGGCACGGAAAUGAUCAUAACCAAAGCCGGAAGGCGGAUGUUUCCCAGUUACAAAGUGAAGGUGACUGGCCUUAAUCCCAAAACGAAAUACAUACUCCUCAUGGACAUCGUUCCUGCCGACGACCACAGAUACAAGUUCGCAGAUAAUAAAUGGUCUGUGACGGGCAAAGCAGAGCCUGCCAUGCCGGGCCGCCUCUACGUGCACCCGGACUCGCCGGCCACCGGUGCUCACUGGAUGCGGCAGCUGGUUUCCUUCCAGAAACUCAAGCUUACCAACAACCACCUGGACCCAUUUGGGCAUAUUAUUCUAAAUUCCAUGCACAAAUACCAGCCCAGAUUACACAUCGUGAAAGCAGAUGAAAAUAAUGGAUUUGGCUCAAAAAAUACUGCCUUUUGCACCCAUGUCUUUCCGGAGACCGCAUUUAUCGCUGUGACUUCCUACCAGAACCACAAGAUCACCCAAUUAAAGAUCGAGAAUAAUCCCUUUGCCAAAGGAUUCCGGGGCAGCGAUGACAUGGAGUUGCAUAGAAUGUCGAGGAUGCAAAGUAAAGAAUAUCCUGUGGUUCCCAGAAGCACAGUGAGACAAAAAGUGGCCUCUAACCACAGUCCUUUCAGCAGUGAGCCUCGAGCUCUCUCCACCUCAUCCAACUUGGGGUCCCAGUACCAGUGUGAGAAUGGUGUGUCCGGCCCCUCCCAGGACCUUCUGCCCCCGCCCAACCCAUACCCACUGCCCCAGGAGCACAGCCAGAUUUACCAUUGCACCAAGAGGAAAGCAGAUGAAGAAUGUUCCACCACAGACCAUCCCUACAAGAAGCCCUACAUGGAGACAUCGCCCAGUGAAGAAGACCCCUUCUACCGCUCUGGCUACCCCCAGCAGCAGGGCCUGAGUGCCUCCUACAGGACAGAGUCAGCCCAGCGGCAGGCCUGCAUGUAUGCCAGCUCGGCACCUCCCAGCGAGCCCGUGCCCAGCCUGGAGGACAUCAGCUGCAACACGUGGCCCAGCAUGCCUUCCUACAGCAGCUGCACCGUAACCACCGUGCAGCCCAUGGACAGGCUCCCCUACCAGCACUUCUCUGCUCAUUUCACCUCGGGGCCCCUGGUCCCCCGGCUGGCUGGCAUGGCCAACCACAGCUCCCCGCAGCUCGGAGAGGGAAUGUUCCAGCACCAGACCUCAGUGGCCCACCAGCCUGUGGUCAGGCAGUGUGGGCCUCAGACUGGCCUCCAGUCCCCUGGCAGCCUGCAAGCCUCUGACUUCCUCUACUCUCAUGGCGUGCCAAGGACCCUGUCUCCACACCAGUACCAUUCUGUGCAUGGGGUUGGCAUGGUGCCAGAGUGGAGCGAGAACAGCUAAAGGCAGGCCUGCUUUGUAACAGACGUUUGCCAGGGAGAGAAGAGAGAGAAACAGGAGGGACGGAGAGAGACAGGAGCAGAGAGAACCCCACGGACAAGAUUUUUCUUUUCAGCCAGUGUUCACAUCUGCACUCGAGACCCCUGGACACCCAUCAGAUCAGCAGCUUGAAGCCACAAUUCAGAAAAUGUGACUUUGUCGUUUUGUCUCCAAACAUAAAAAGCAAACGCAAAGAUGAGUCCCUCCCACCAAGAUCACCAUGCUCAUCAGCUGGCCACGUUCACCCCGCCUCCAGACGUCCUCCCAGAUUCCUUUUUAUUGGUCUCCAGAAAGUCCUGUCUCAUUGAGUGUUUUAUCCUAAUGUGUAGUCGGAGGCGUUUCCUGUCUUGGUGUUUAUGUUGACAUUGUUAUAUAAUAAAUAAUAAUAUAUUUUUUUCUUCCAAUUUUCUUAACGGGACCCAGUCCCUUAUUUGGGGGGAGGUCUGAGGCAGGUAUGUUUCAAAAUAUGUACUUGUGGGGUUCCCCUCAAAUACGCCACUCCUGAAACUUAAAUUCGCCGCCCUCUCCUUGACUAUGAAAUCACCUACCUCUGCCUUGUGACGUUUCUGAAAAGGUUCCCUGUGUCCCAGCUUUUCUCCGAUUUUGUCCUACUGUCCCCACCAUCAUGGAGCUGGUUGGGCUUUCUGCUUACCAGGGGAGUCAGGAUAACGCUAGGCUCCAUCUGAUGUCCUAUCUGCCUCACUCCCGUCUUCCCAGCUCUGUCUUUCCAGCCCUCUGUCGCUAAAACGUGGCCUAUAGCUUCCCGUCCGGAAAGCUUGCUUUGAAAAACUUAAAAAGCCCUGGUUUACAUGCGGGCAGAACUGUGAUAAGCGAGGAGCAAGCUCUGCGCUGACAAGAGUCAUGAAAACGCCAAAAUAAAUACUCGUCCUGAUAAAAAACAAAGCCAGCCCCAAGCUUCCAAACCUCCUCCGCUGACCUGACCCAAUCUGGAUGCAAAGCAAAAUCCACAAUCCCUGAAGAGGAGGCAAGACGUGCUCACCGAUUAUUUCUCUCCAAAAAAAUCACAACGACAUCCAACGCUGGCACAAAACUGUGGUUAUUGAAAGCAGAAAGCAGUAUUAAAAAAAAAAUGUGUAAGUAAAACGUUACUGCAGGGUUCUUCAGAUGUAAUAUUUUACUGGUACUAUUUAUUUAUAAAUAGGAGUUCUAAUUAAGUAAUAACAUGAAAUGAGAUCCAGCAUGGGAGCUGGCCAAGAGCUUUUAAUUUUAUUGAUACUCAAAACCAAGUUUGCAUUUUUUUUCUUUCGAAUGUGCUUUGCUUUCUUGAUUUAAAAAAAAAUUGUUUUUUAACUGACCCUAAUAAAGAGAACAGGGUAAUACUGA